GGGGGGGGGGGGAGAGACUGCAAGGGAUUUUCAGAUUUCCACUUUGCCCUUCCCGUGCUCUGCUGCUGCGUCGCUUGUGCCCCGAAUUGCCCACAGAGUGUGACCCCGUCGCUAACGCGUCUCGGAUUGUGGAUGCGUCUCGUGAAUGCAACUUGGGUUGUUAGAAUCGCCCGCAUUUUCCAAUCCACCCUCGCCUUGCCGUUGGUUUGUUCGCAUCUAGGUUGCCUCCCUGCCUACCCGCGAUCGUAUUGGUGUCGUUGAGAGUUAUCUCGGUUGCUGAUUAUUGUGCGCGAAAGAACUUGGAAUUGGCGUGUGCUCUGUUUGACUUCGCUUUGUUGAUUCUUAUCUGCGUCGGUUAGAGGUGGUUUGAAGCUCCCCGUUUUUGUUCUUCGUAAGCCGCGCUGGUUUGGAAGAAUUGUUUAUCAGUGUAGUCCAGACUCGCCGGAUUAUUGAGCUGCAUACGGAGUAUCUGCAGUUCCAGGGCUUGACUAGAUUCUUCGAUCUCUGCAUCUGUUCUCAAAAUGCCAGAACCUUCUGUGAACGAAGACACUAAGGUUAGAGAAAAGUCCCUGAAACGUAUGGCUUCUCCGACCUGCGGGUCCUCUCCUUCGUACGCGAGGUGUUCAGACUGUCCGGGGAGAAACAGAACGCCCAUGCUUCACGCUGAUCAUUGUUCAUCUGAUAAUGUAAUGCUCAACGAAUCUGGUGUGGAAUCGGAAGUCAAAGCAGAGGUCGUUCUUAACAAAGCUCCUCAAAAUCAAGCCAUUGAAUCUUCACCUAGCUGCAGCUUUCGACAACAAUUUGAAGUGGGCACGAUUUCCCAAUUUAAAGAUUCGAAAGUGAAAGACUGUGAAGAGGCGCCAUCACCCUCCGACACUGCUUCAUGCGUCGCCGAUCCUUCCGUGUUUGACUCGACCCCCGACAUCAGAAAUGCCCUUACUUUGAGUCCUCGCAAGAGGCCUCGCAACUAUUUUACGUCCGAAGUUAGUGUCGGAACUAAGGAAUUGAAAAGGAUUGGGGAACUGCCAGAGCAACCAGAAUCUUCUAAAGCCCGAGUAAUUAACCACCUGCUCUGCGCACAAUCUUACGCCACGACAAGUCCCGACAUUUCUUAUUCGCCCAGCUUUUCAAUCGACCUUGAUUCCGAUUCACCUGGUGGGAUAAGAUCCGAUUUUGUAGAAUUCUACGAUAUUGGGUAGGUUUGGAGAGGAACUCGCUAUCACCAGUGACAUCUUUUACAACUCGUGUGUUUCGGGUCCGUAUUACCGACUAGCUGGUCACUUUUUAUCGAGCAGAGCAAGCAGCCUUCCUUGGCUACGAUUCAACGACUGCUGCGACUCGACAGACUGGCGCUGGGAGAACUGCUGAAGUGGUACAAUGCCAACAUUAUUUUCUAGAGUGAGGAAGCCAUUAUAUUAUCCUGUCCGUGUAUUCUAACUAUGUUAAGGCUAUUUGCUUUGAGAUCCCAGGGGCAUGUCGCGAAUUCUGCAUAGAAUGUCUUGUAUGUGCAUUGGUGGUAUAUAGUAGUUGCCGCUCCGACACCAAAACCCGCUUCAAUAAUUUGGUUUCUCAAGUAUUUGUCAGAAAUUUUCAGGUGAUUAGUAGUAGAGUACAUAUAUAUGUUUCCCAUUUUCUUGUUUUCCUACUAUAAGUGAACCAAGAAAGGGUAAAAGAUGCUAUGGUCUUGGAACGUUGUCGUGCCUAAGAAGACAUUCUUUAUUCUAAUGAUAAUUGAUACACAUUUUACAUUCAUUUCAAAGAA